AUGGCCUCUGAAAAGACACACACUUUUUCAAAGACAGUGAAAAUACUCCGUGGAACAUAUGCUCAGAGCUACCGUCCUCGGAGCCCGGGACGUGGAGCGGGGGUGGGGGUAGGGGGUUGGCAGGACGGAGCCAUCGUCCCAAAUGAACUGCAGAGUUCCUGUGCCGGAACUCAGGGAGGGAUGCUAGGGAAGCAGCAUGACUGCUCAGAAAAUUACAUACAGUGUCUGCCGUUCUUUUGCCACUGUACUUUGAGAUACUGCGUGUUUUAUUCCCCUGAAAAAAGCCUCAUCUUCGUUCCUCCAUGUUGGACUCUUACUAGCAAGAGUUGA